AUGCGGUCUUUCUUUUUGACCGUGCUCUGCACUGUUCUCUUGCUGGGUACACUCUCCUCGGCUUGGCCAUGGAGGCCAAAUGGGUUGUUUUUAGGCGACUCCCUAGAUAAGCGAGCAGCUACUACCGAUGCCACAACCACCGAUGCAGCGACCUCUGAAACUACGGCGACUACCAACACCGCGUCCCAGACUUCCUCCGAUACCACCACCGGCACAAACUCCAACACAAAGACUGCGACCGACUCAGAGACAACAUCCGGCACAAAGACUGGCACCACCAAGACCAAGACCACCGCAACCUCCUCGAUCUCCAUUGAUCCAGCUGCCGCUGCUGGAGGCGUGUCCAUGAUCACCCCGGGUUCCCUUUCCACAAGCUACUACAAGAUCGGCGAGGAUGUGACCUUUGUAUGGAACUACACGUCCCUCUCGGUCACACCAUCUGCAGUCAAUGUUGUGGCUUCGUGCAGCAUGAACAAGCAGGAAUAUACUUUGACCUCCAACAUGAGUGUGAAGGCCACUGGAAGUGUGGUCUGGGAUACUGGAAAAUACCAGAGUUCUGCCACCAUUCCAUUGCUUACGGCGACUUAUACUCUCUUCGUCUAUGAUGCUAGCAAGGAAAUUGAUGACACUGCUUCUGCCGGGUACCUGAGCUCGCAAAACGGGUAUUCCUUCGGAAUGUAUACCCCGCAGGCUUACACCCCCCUCAAUGAAUUCCACUGUGCCACCUGCGGCGGUGCUAUGUCUGAAACCAGUCGCCAGGCCCUCAAAUUCACUUUCGGCAUGGCUAUUAUCACGAUUGCCUCCUUCACCUGGUUUACUGGGACUGCUGGCAUAUUCUGA